UCGAAUCUAAUCGAAUAUGGCCCAACGAAUCAGAGUGUGGUGAUAGGAACGAAUAUUGUGAUACCAUGCGAAGUUAGCGCAGACUAUGAAGCCAGCGCAAAUGUGAUGUGGUAUAUGAAUGAUGAGCUGAUACCGUCAACUGGAAAUCCAAGCCUACGUUUGACUAACAAGAAGGGUGGACUAUUAAUACAACAAGUAGGCCCUGAUAAUAUUGGAGAGUAUCGAUGUACAGUCUCAGUGGAUGGACGAGAAGAGAGCGCAUCUGCAUUUCUGCGAAUUAUCGAACGACCGCAAAUGCCUACAUUUGUUCGUGCUGAACUCAUCAACAACACUCUUCCUGCGAAAAUCCGAAUUUCUUGGGUUGAGGGUUUUGACGGGAAUUCACCCAUCAUAAAGCAUUCUGUUGAAAUGCGUACAGUGGGACCUACUCAGCUGUGGAGCGAUUGGGAAGUUGUUGUGGACAAUGUCCCAACUGAAGAAUGCUGCUCUGUACUUGUUGAUAACCUCCGGCCAUCAGUGACUGCUGAGUUUCGCGUGAUUGCUUCAAAUCGUUAUGGAUCGGGAAAACCAUCUUUGCCAUCAGGUAAUGUCACGAUGCCGCAACAACCUCCAGCGGCUGCACCGCGCAACGUAGCAGCGUCGGCACGAUCAGCGAACAGCAUUAUAGUGCAAUGGCAACAGCCACAAGAAGAACAAUGGAGCGGGGAUAUAUUGGGAUAUAUCGUACGUUAUCGCCUUGCCGGCUACACUUUGCCAUGGAUAGAGAAGAAUGUGACAACGAAGGAUGCAAGGAAUACGGCCAUCGACCAGUUGAUCACGUGGAGGGAGUACGAAAUUCAAGUGGCAGCAUACAACCAUAGAGGUUUAGGAGUUUUCAGCAAGAGUAUUGAUGUAACCACUGCCGAAGGAGGUAAUUCUUUAUGCAAUAUUGGUACCCUGAUAUGA